ACUGUGGCGUUGCGCACAGCCGCUCUCGAAAGGAUGGCGGAAGGCCCCUCCUCCGAGCCCAGCGAGGCGGAGAAGGCGGGCGUGCGAGCUCAGCUGCGCGGAACCCUGGACAAGCUCAACGAAAACCGCUCCAACCUGACCCAGACCAACAGCCGCGGCCUGUGCGAGGUGCAGAAGCAGACCAACGAGAUCUGGGGCAAGACGAAGACGGAUGCGCGCAGCGCAGCGCUCGACGCGGCGGUGCUGCACCAGGUGUCGGUGCUGGGCGCGGAGCAGGCGGGCAACCUCGAGAAGAAGAGCGAGGGCUUCAUCCGCAACCUCCGCCAAAAGUACGGGGUGGGCGCGAGCGUCGACGGAGAGCGCUCGCGCAUCCACUGGGAGCGACUUGGGCAAGCCAUCGGGGAGGCGGCGAUCUACGCGCACGUCCCCGCCGUCACCUUCCUGCUCGGCGAUUUUGUGGCGCAGGCGCCCAAGCCACGGCAGGAGCGGAAGCGCAAGGAGCGAGCGCCUGUCGAGGAGGUUCAGACGGCGAAGCACGUCGACGUGAAGGAGUUGCAGGAGGGGGCGGAGAGCAAGGCGCAGACCGCGCGCAUGCACACGCUCAAGACGGCCAUCCGCGAGCACGCCAAGGCGUCUGCCGACGGGCGCGUCCCUCUCUUCCGCAUGCUGCUCAACCCAAACUCCUUCUCGCAGACCGUCGAAAACUUCUUCGACCUGGCCUUUCUCGUCAAGGACGGGUGGAUGGAGAUUGGCCCCGACGACGAGGGUGGCGCGUACGUUGCCCCAGCAGCUCCACCCACGGACGAUGGCCGCCCCAAGGCGCCAAGCAAACAAAACAUCCUCACGCUCGACCACCCCACGUGGCUCAAGCUGUGCAAGCGCUGGUGCGAGGGCGGGACCCUGCUCCCGCCUCGCUGAGGCGCGCCCGAGGCCUCACCAGCGAGGUGUCGCUGCGGCGGUUUGCGUGAGCCACGCGCAGCGCCAACACAUGCAGCCCGCCGGCUGGGCAGGGAGCUUGUACGAGGCUGUCGCCCCUCCUUGCUCGUACGAAUGCCAGCAGCCGCUGUCUAUUGCCAGGCGCACCCGAGCAGUUUCCCUGAGACGGGUCUCACCAUUUGUGGUGCGCAUUUCGUGGCUUCUGGCUUUGCGGACCCGAGAGUACACUGCACAUUGCUUUAAUUGCUUCUCGCC